CCGGCGUGCUUUGCGCCUGCCGGUCCGGCGCGGGAGUCUCGCUUUCCAAGGCUUCUGCAGAGCCACCAAGGCCGCUGUAACACACCUGCCUGGCAGAUGGAGAAUUGAUUCCGUGAAGCCCCCAGGUGGUCUGGCUCUGGAGCCCAGACUCUAAGAACGGUGUGGCCCCAGAGGCUGCUCAGUCUGCAACCUGACAGAACCACUGGCUGACUUCUCUUAUUCUUGGCUACAUUAUCUGCAGAGGCAGUACUCAUGGCUGGUCCUCUGUGGAGGGCCGCAGCCUUUAUACAGAGACACAGGUCAGGCCUGUUGGUGGGUUCCUGUGCGGGCCUGUUUGGGGUUCAAAUCUCAUUUCACCUCUUCUCAGAUCCCAUAGUCCAAUGGCUCUACCAGUACUGGCCCCAGGGCCAGCCGGCUCCUCUUUCCCCUCAGCUCCAGAGGCUCUUCCAAGAGGUGCUGCAGGACAUGGGUGUCCCCUCAGGUCACUGCUACAAGCCUUUCACUGCCUUUACUUUCCAGCCCGUGAGUGCUGGCUUCCCAAGAUUUCCUACUGGGGCCAUGGUGGGAAUCCCUGCCAUCUUCCUGGAUGGCUCUGUGACCGCCAUCGACCAUGCUGUGAUCAUACAUGGGCAAAGAGUGGACUGGCAGAGCCCAGCAGGCACCAGGCUGAGAGACGCCCUGACCCUGUCUCACAAUGCUCAGAAGUUUGCCUUAGCCAAAGAGGUGGUAUACCUGGAGAGCAAUGUGGCCGCCCUGCAGAGCCUGCCGGCCCCGGCUUGCCUCGCAGGAACCUGGGUACUAAGUGUGGGUGUCAAGCAUGCCCUGGGGCUCUACGGAGGCCCCAUGAGCCUUAGAGCUGUCUUCAACUUGGUGGCAAUAGUGGCAAGCUUUGUGGCCUACGCCUUUUCCAAGGACUCCCUCACUGUCGCCCUGGAAGGCUGGCUAGACCGCCGCACAGCCUCUCUGUCUGCAGCCUAUGCCCAGGGCGGAGUGGAAUUCUAUGAGAAGAUCCUGUCGGGCAACCUGGCCCUCCGAAGUCUCUUGGGCAGACAAGGGGAGAAGCUGUACACACCAAGUGGAAACAUCGUUCCCAGACACUGGUUCCGCAUUAAACAUUUACCCUACACCACCCGCCGGGACUCUCUACUACAGAUGUGGAGGGGGACACUCAACCCAGGGCGCUCCUGAGAACCCCUGGUUCACAUAGGCACCCCCCUGUGAUGAAUUCUGGGGGAGUCUCUUGAUAUGGUUGCUUCCACAGCCCAAGGUCAGAACAGUGACCAUCUUUGGAGUUAAAGAGCUCAAUUCUGCCUUCACCAUGAAUGAACAUGGUAUCUGUGGGGUGAGUCCCUAAAUGAAUCUGAGUCGUGUUUACCUCAACUGGGAAGUGGGAAGUGUUGGAUUACAUGAGAUUGUGAACCUGAGGGGCUGGUGGCAGAGAGAGAGCAGCAUAAAUAAAUGGGGUGCUUAUCCUU